AUGUCAAGUGUACAUGGCGACUCUGCUGCCCACGCUGACCUGCACCCGACCUUUCUGCAGCUACGAGACUAUCUGGAUGUACAGUUCGCGAAGCAAGCGCAGCUGCUGGCCGAGCUCAAAUCGGACGUGAAGUCCUUGCCUCUGUCGCAGGGUUCCACCACCCUUGGGGACGGCACGUUGCUGGGGUAUCCGAAGAUGCGGUCUACCUUCUUCAGCAAUGUGGCCACGGAGGAGUAUGCGAGGUCUGGCUCCGAGCUGGUGGAGUCCGUGGACUUCAUCGAAGCAUCCGAGCCUUUCUCCCUGCCGGAGCCCCUUCGGGGCCGGCUGGGCACACAGGAGAGCGUUGGACCCCGGGGCCGUGUCUCCAUGGUUGACCCAGGGCUGAUCCGGCAGCACAUCGAGGCCCACGAGACCCGGAACAACCGGCUCGUUCGGGCCAUGUCGUCUCUUCAGAGCGCAGACCUGCGGACGCGGGCACGGGAUGCGGUUCAGUCUGGCGUCUUCAACGCCUUGAUCUUGUUCCUGAUCGUUGUCAACGCCGUCUUGCUGGGAGUGGAGAUUCAAGUCAGCUCAUCCAUCGGCGAGGAUGACAUACCCUCUUGGUUCAUGGUGGUGAACACGGGCAUCGUGGGCAUUUUCGUGAUAGAGAUCAUUUUGAAACUCGUGGCGUUGGGCUGCCACGAGUUCUGGCGCGGCCCACAGGCAGGCUGGAACAUGUUCGACGUGAUCAUCGUCGCCUUUUCUGCCUUGGAGGUGGUCAUCGACCUCUUUGCGCAGACUCUGGCUGCGAGCAUGUGGGGUGCCGAUGCAUGGUCCUUCAUGCGAACGCUGCGAUUGGCCCGGGCGCUACGAGGCUUGCGCUUCUUUCGGAUGAUCCGGUACUUCAGCGCACUGAGGGCCUUGAUCCUUUCCAUCGUCAGUACCAUGAGCUCUCUGCUCUGGACUUUGGUGCUCCUCUUCCUCCUCUUCUACAGUUUCUCUGUGAUCAUUAUGCAGAUGGUCUCCGACUACUGCCGGUAUCUUGCGGUGAUCAGGAGCAGCGACAAGAAUGCAGUGCCUGAGUGCCCCGAGUCCCUCCGCCUGUAUUGGCCCGGUGUCGCCGAGUCCAUGCUUACCCUGCUCUUCGCCAUCACGGACGGCAUCUCCUGGGAACAAGCGCUGAACCCACUGCGAGAGGUCUCCGUGCUAGCCGUCGCCGUCCUGAUCUUUUACAUCAUCAUCAGCUUUUUUACGAUCUUGAAUGUCGUCACUGGUGUUUUUGUCAAUACCGCCAUCGAGAGAGCCAGCUAUGACAGGGACAUAGCAUCCUUGAAGGCCCUACAGAGACGGACCGAGCAGAUGAAAGAACUGCAAGAAGCGUUCGAGGACAUCGACGAAGGGCAGACGAACGAGGUCCGCAUGCAGGAUAUCGAGCGAGCCACUUCUCUCGACCGACUGGGUGCUUGCAUGCAGGCUUUGGAUAUCUCGGCCGAGGACGUGAAAACCCUUUUCACCCUCAUCGACACCGACAACAGCGGCGCAGUCGACCUCGAGGAGUUCGUGUCCGGCUGCAUGCAGCUGCAUGGGCCCGCCAAGAGCCUCCAAAUUGCGAAGAUGAGCUACGACAACAAGCGGAUCAAGGAAGCCAUCCAGCACAUCACCUACCAGGUCCUGGAGGUGAACCGAAAGUUGACCACGGCCUUGCGUGUAAGCAGGUAA